UACCCCGACCUCACUUGUCCUUAAAUCUUUUCUCUCUCGCUUUCCAAACCUUCAAUUACUCCUCCAACUAGGAUUCACCAGGUCCUGGCGCCCUCCCGCUCGUGGCAAUGCCCGCAUCGAUCUCCCCACCCAAUGGACGCAAGUCCACGUCCAAGAUUCCAGAAAAGAUACCCGACUCCACAAAUCUACCUCGAAUACUAUGUUUGCAUGGCGGUGGUGUGAACGCAACGAUCUUCGAGGCACAGUCACGUUCCCUGAUACGGCAUCUCCAACAUUCCUUCCGCCUCGUUUGGGCCGAGGCUCCAUUCUUCUGCGACCCUCACCCCGAUGUCAUACGUGUGUACGGAACCUACGGACCGUUCCGCAGAUGGGUGCGAUGGCUGGACCAACAUUCAGAGAUUGACUCGGAGAGCUGCAUAGAGGAAAUAGGAUACUCGCUCCGGACCGCCAUGGAAGAGGACGACCGCGCGGGUGGAACAGGGCAGUGGGUGGGACUCAUGGGGUUCAGUCAGGGUGCUAAGCUGAGCGCAAGUCUGCUUCUCGAGCAGCAGGCGAGAGAAGACAAGGCUGUGAGGGAGCGCAAGGCGGGCACUGAUACAGGUCCCAUCGGUAUUCCUGGCCUGGACUGGCGAUUUGGUGUCCUGCUUGCUGGAAGAGCUCCCCUCAUCAACUUGAAUCCGGAUGUCCAGAAGAGUGCGGCGUUGGUUCCGGCUGCAAAUGUUGCUGAGUCGUUCGAGUUUGUGAAGGAGGUGGAUGAUGAAGCAAUACUGAGGAAUCCUACCAUUCACGUCCAUGGAUUAGCGGAUCCAGGACUUGCGCUACACAGAAGGCUACUAGAUGAGUAUUGUGAUAAGGGAAGCACAAGGCUCAUCGAAUGGGAUGGUGCGCAUAGAAUCGCAAUCAAGGGCUCUGAUGUCGAACCUAUUGUGAGCUGUAUUUAUGAUGUCGCGUCCGAGGCAGGAAUUCGAGUGGUCCGGACAGUAUGAUGUCUUGGGACGUGGAAGUAAACCCAACCAUCUGUGCAGUCGACAUGGUCUCUCCAUCAUCAUUGAGCAUUUCGAAGGAAGAUAAAUCUACUUGGCUCCGUGCCAAACAUACGCAUUAGCGGAAAUGCAUUUUC